GUGAAAGCUGACUGUUCGUCAAUCCUCGAAGAGUUUGGUAUCUCAUGGCCGGAGCCGCUGGAUUGCAGCCGCUUCCCACAAGAGCCCGACCUGUGCAUGAAUCCGGAUGAGGACCGACACAGCUACGAAAAGACUAGCAGACGCUGGUACAGUCGUCAUUUCGUCUCCGACCAUCGUCACUUUCCUGUCCACACGAUUUGCUGGACAUCGACCCAUUGGACAACGAAGGAGUCUGUGCCUACAAAUGUGGAGCCGAUAUGCGUCUUCUACAUCUCGCUGUGCUUCAUGUUCUAUUCGAUACCCUAUCUGUUCCCAGUGGUCAUGCAAUAUUCGGCUAGAGCUUGUGACAAGCUCAUCAACGGGCAGACCUAUUUAGUAUUUUCU